GUUUCCUUGUAUCGAGGGGUCCACGUUGUCGUCGUCUAAUUAUUUCCCCCACAAUGAAAACGGCACGUCCUUGAUGAUGGGCUUGACCUCCCAUAUCCCCUCUGCGUCGUCGUCGUCGUCGUCGUCGUCGUCGUCACCGUUGUUCUCGGUACAACGGAAGGGCCCCCUUCUCUUGGUUUUGGGUUUCAUGCGGCGGAGCUGAACUGAAGUGUCCGACUGGAGGACACGCACGGUGAUAUCGACUGCCAUGGUGCUUUUCAACUGCAUUGGGAGAGCGUGGAUGUUGUUGUACUCCGUCUUUUCGAGCCUUGUCAUCGUCUGCUUCUCUACCACCCUGUCCCGCCGCUUGUCCUGCAGCGUGCCCUUGCUGGACGGGAACGCUGUUGUGACGGUGAAGGAAAAGGGGCCCGGCUGCACCAACCACACCUCCUUUUCCUGUUUAUUCUUUCCAUCAUCAUCGCCGUUUGGCGCUCGAGCGACCCGACGUUGGCCUGGAACCUGGUGGGGUGAUUCACGACCCUUGAUCUUGGUCUGGGGGGCCAGGCCAGAGGCGCAGUUGAACAAGAACGGUUUAUCCCCGUUCCCGGCCUUUGCUUCCAAGAAUGCAUCGUCUUUGGCGCCCCGGAGCGCCACCCAACACUCAGCAUCAUCGUCGGCAGACUCGUCGCUACUACCCGCCGCAUCUAGCCCUGACAAGAAGGUGGUCGCCACCGACGUUGCCGCCGUCGCCCCCGACUUCAGCGCGGCCUGCCGAAACUGUUCAAACGUCCUCGCUUGGGGCCUGGGCGUCAUGCUUCCACCAAAGUGUAUGUCAAACCCAAACACCCAGAAGUCGACGUGGACCAUGCCGGCCAAGGGCGGGCCGGUCAUGGCGAGCGUCGCGGCGAUCUCGACCGAGAUGCGCAUCGUCACGAACCACAGGUCCAUGGAAUAGCGGACGCCGACGCUCACGCCGCCCGUCGCGGCGAAGAAGAAGGGCUCGAAGUUGAUGAGCAUGUCCAGGAACGCGUCGAACCACGCGUACAGCGCGCCGAGCGACAGCGCCGCCGACAGCUUGCCGCCGGCCAUGCACA